AUGUCUGCAAGCGACGAAGGUCGUGCUAUAGCUAAGGAAUAUCUUGAUUUCAAGCAGAAGGAAUUGAAUCAAACAGAUGAUACUGAAGUUGCCUUCGGUACAUUGUUAUACGAGAUGGGAGAAUGGCGCAAAUCUGGCACUUAUUUUGAAAAUCUGUUACAUCACCGCCCCAAUGAUUCUCAGAUUUAUUUUGGUAUCGGCCGAUCCUACAAUGCAUCCUCUGAAUUCGAUCAAGCACUAUCAUACUUCAAGCGAGCUUAUAACUUGAGUAUGUCAAAUGCUAAUAAGAAUACUGCUUUUACAGCCAAAAUUUGCUGCAGUACGUUACGGGCAUAUCAUGACUCAGGAAAUUUUGACCAGGCUCUUGCUUUGGGUGACGAAGCCCUUGGACUUUAUCGACAUCUCGAUGAACAUGCACAUGCUGUGGGUAUAGCUCAAGUACUGAUUAACAUCGGUCUUGUUCAUUUCGAUAAAGCUUAUACUUUGAAAAACAGAGGUGAAGUUCUAUUUGCAUUGGGUGAUCUUAUCGGUGCACUUGAACUAUUUGAAAAAGCUCUCGAAAUGUACAGCCGUAUUUUUCGGGAAGACAAAAAUCAUCGAGAUAUAGCCAAGUGUCAGCAUCUUAUUGGAAUGACUCAUCUUGCUAUUGGAAAUUAUAACAAAGCAGUUGAAGCUCUCGAUACAGCUUUCGAUUAUCCAUCAAACGAUGGCUGA